AUGGCGACCCCGCCUCCCGAGGCUCCUCCAGCCAUGAAGGAGGACAAGCCUCAGCUGCCUCCCUCGCCGACCGGUCCUUCCGCGCCUGAAAUUCCAGCGACCAGCGCGCAACUUCCUAUCGAAUCGAAGGUUGAAAGCCCUGCCGAUGCUCAGGUCGAUUCGCCCGCGUUGAACGGCCACACCCCUACCGCGCCUUCCAUUGCCAACGGCGCCAACACUGCGAAUUCCCCACCCAAGUCUCCUGCGCCUACACCCGCACCUGCAGCUGCACCUGCGCUUAUUUCAUCUGAGCCCGCCGAAGAAACACCCAAAGCUGCGGAGUCGCAGGAAACUGAAAAAGCCAAUCAAGAGUCUCUCACUUCCACCUCCGCUCCCAACCCCGCUGAGACCAUCACCCCGGUAUCAGCCCCAGCUCCAGCACCAGUCGUAGCUGAGAUUCCUACUGCGCCCGCAUCUACCGAGAGUACUACACCGGCUCCAGCUCCAGUUUCAGCUCCAGCUCCAGUCUCAGCUCCGACUGAGACCUCUAACGCACCUGCUGCUACUGACUCUGACGCUAUGGCUAUUGAUACCAAGGACAGCAUGACUGCAGUCAAAACCGAGCUUCCCCACCAUCCAACCACCGCUCCCACCCCACUCUCCUUGCAACCCGUUGACCACGAGAUGAAGGACGCACCUGAACCCCCGCUGUCACCUUCAAAGAUUUCCCGCCAACGCGAUGCCGACCUUAGUGAAGAGCCCGCCGCGAAGCGGACCAAGGUUGUGGGUGAAGAGACGGCUCCUGUGGAAUUCAAACCACAGGAACCUUCCACUCCAGCCCCCCACAAGCCCGCUCCUACUCCCUCGAGUGGCGGACCGGGCCUAACCAAAUUGCAACACAAGUUCAUCACUAAAUCUCUCACAAGCCUCAAGCGGAUGCACGAUGCACGCUUCUACAAGGAGCCUGUGGAUCCCAUCAAGCUUAACAUCCCUCAAUAUCACACCAUAAUCACCCAACCUAUGGAUCUGGGAACCAUGGAGAAGAAGCUCAAGAACAAUGAAUAUGUGUCACCUCAACAAGUCUCCGACGACUUCGCCCUCAUGGUUAACAACACGACUGUUUUCAAUGGCGUGGACCACCUGGUCACCCAAGAGGGUAUCAAAUUAAAGGCCACUUUUGAAAAGCAAAUGCUCAGUCUUCCCAAGCCCGAUGAGGUGGAGCCGUCAAAGUCGAAGAAGUCAGCGGAGAAGACCUCUGCCGCGCGCCGGGAGCCACGGACCUCGCUUCCCAGCCAGCCAAAGGCAGCUUCUCCGCAAAACCAGACCUUUGCACUGGGACCUGAGGGAGUUCCCGUCAUUCGCCGCGACUCUACCAAUCCCGAUGGCCGCCCCAAGCGGUCCAUUCACCCGCCCAAGCGUGACCUCCCCUACUCCGUCAAGCCUAAGAAGAAGAAAUACCAGUGGGAGUUGCGAUUCUGCCAGGAGGUGCUGGAGGAGAUGCACAAGAACAAGCACUACAACUUUGUCAUGCCUUUCUAUCAUCCGGUUGACCCCGUUGCUUUGAACAUCCCCACCUACAACAAGGUUAUCAAGAAUCCGAUGGAUCUAGCUACCGUUCAGCAAAAACUGAAGGCCGGCAGCUAUGACAAUGCCAAGGACUUCGAACAUGAUGUUCGCAUGAUCUUUAAGAACUGCUUCCGAUUCAAUAUUCCUGGUGAUCCAACUUACAUCUGUGGCCAACGCGCCGAAGAAAUUUUCAAUCAGAAGUGGGCUCAGAAAUCGGAUUACCUUGAGGCCCAUGAGCCUCACCCUGAGCAGAACUCCGAUUACUCUGAUGAGGACAGCGACGAGGAUGCCGAGGAAAGUGAAGAGGACGACCAAAAGCUCACCCUGCUUCAAAAGCAAAUUGCAGAGAUGUCCCGUCAGGUCGAGGCUAUCACCAACAAGAAAAAGAAGACACCUCCCUCGUCCAAGAAGGCUGGCAAGGCCAAGCCCGCUACCAGCAAGAAGAUCGGCUCUAGCAAGAAGGACAAGAAAAGCAAGAGCUCCAAGAGUGGCAAGGAGCGUGCCAUCACCUACAACGAGAAGCAAAUCAUUUCCAACGGCAUUAGUUCCCUUCCGGACAAGAAGAUGCAGCAAGCCCUUCAAAUCAUCCAGAACAAUGUUCCUGCUCUCAAGGGAACCGACGAGGCCGAAAUCGAGCUGGACAUCGACGAGCUUCCCAAUGAUGUCCUGCUUCUGCUUCUCAACUUUGUGAAGAAGAAUGUCCCUCAUCUUAUGGAUGACGAGGACGAUGUCCCCGCCAGCAGCGUUGCCCCGCCAAAGCCGAAGAAGAACAAGCCUAUGAGCAAGUUUGAGCAGGAGGCGCAGAUUAACAUGCUGCAGAGCAACCUUUCCCGUUUCCAGGGAGGUGCUCACUCCCCAGACCCUGUCGCUUCGGUUGAACGGAACGAUAGCAGCGAUGAGUCGGAUUCGUCCGAGGAGGAGAGCGAGGAGGAGUAA